CCUUCCCCCGCCCCGAGGGCCCCCGCCGGCUGGUUGAGGUGUGUGUGAAGGGGCUGCCAGGGCCCUCUUGGAGCGCCUUCACGCAGGCCAGGAGCUCACGGUUCGUCUACCUGCCCAACGGUGAGGAGCAUCACCUCCCAAUGGACCACCUCAGCCCCCUGCCCCUCACCGCGUGGGCUGUAGCCGCCUUCCCGGACCUCCCCGCCCGCCGUCGCGUGCUCUCCGCCCUCGCCCUCGCCGCGCUGCAUCACUUCGGCCCUCCCCUGGUACACUUGGGCGUUGCACUGGCGCGGUGUGGUCUGGAGGAGGCGGCGGUUUCGGUGGCGGCGAGGGGCGUGGUGCCGCUGGGGGUUCGGUACUCGGCGUUUAUCGGGUCGGGAGGAGGAGGAGGCGGAGGGAGGGGGCCGGCGGGCGGGUUCCCGCCGGGAAUGCAGGCGUGGUAUGUGGGGUGUUUGAGGGAGCUGGCGCCGGUGUUUGUGCGGGUGCUUGGGCGGAUUGAGGAACGCGAGAUGGGGGAGAAGCAGGGUGCGAAGGCAGGAGGAGGAGCGGAGAAGCAGCAGCAGGUGGAGGCAGAGGAGGAGGAGCAGAGGGAGGC